AAUGCGCGACGUGCUUCCGUGAGACAGAGCGCGAGCGCUCCCUGACCAACAUGGCUGCUGUUUACUCGAAGAAACAAACCAAGCGGCGAAUAAACCUCGAGAAAGUGUCGUCGGAAAAUGAAAAAGACUCCUGUGUGGAAGAAAGCGCAGACUCUCUGAGCUGCGAGAAAGACUCGAGUGCAGAAAGCAGCAGCAGUGCGGGACGCGCUUUAAGCGCCAGGAGUCCGGAACCGGAGGCCCGAGAGCACGCGCAGGCUGCGGCUCCUCUUCAGAUACGGAUAAAAGAAGAGCCGCUGGAGGAAAGUGAGUACCUGACUGUUCAUGUGGACGAGGAAAACUGGGAAGAGCAGGCCGGCAGAGGGGCGCAUUUCUCGGGCAGCGAUGAACGCACUGAGGCUGAGAGGGAUUGGCCAUUAUGCUGUGAAGAAAAGAGUGAGGCUUUUGGGAACAUCGUGGAGCAUCGCCGGGAGCACACCCAUGAUGGCCCAAUAGUCUGUCUGGACACUGACUCCCAGUGGGACAAUCUGCUUGUUUCCACAGAUGGAGGUCAUCGAACCUUGUGCUGCGCAUUGUGCGGUUGCAAAUUUUCAAACUCAAGAGAGUUUUUUACUCACCAGCUUAAACACCGUAACGACAUCAUUAAACAGGAAUCGAUUUUGGAGACUGGUGAGGGUUUAGCAAAACAGAAAGUUUUUGAGUGUAAAGACUGUGGUAAGACGUACUCCUCAAUAGGCCAAUGCCUUAAUCAUCAGCGUUCACACAAACAGGCCUCAAAAUCGGUUUUCCAUCAAUUGGCCCAUUUAAAGAAAAAGUCCUUUCAGUGCCCCACCUGUGGGCGCUCUUAUUCUCGAGCAUCAGCCCUUGAUGCACAUCGCCGUUGCCAUGAGGAGAAGCUGUUUAAGUCCAGAAACAGUGAAGGGGAGAAACACCCAGCUGAUGAGGUUUCAGUUAAAACUGAAGACAGCGCUGACACAAGUUCUGAACAGUUAGACGAAUCGCCGAAAAAACUUUUUGAGUGCUUGGACUGCGGAAAAUCUUUUCGCACUAUGUGCGGCCUUGGGACACACCAGAGAUUCUCUGUUAACUGUUCAAGCACUACAGUUAAGGGGCGUGUCAAGCGUUCCUUUGACUGCACUGAAUGUGGAAAGACUUUCGACCGUCCUUUGGCAAUGGCAUGUCAUCAGCGUUGGCAUAAAAGACGAGAGCAGUUCCAGGGUAACGAGCAGCCACUUCAGUGUAAGGAAUGUGGCAAGGUUUUUAUUUCAUUAACAUUCUACAAUAAACACCAGCGGUUGGUUCACAGUAAAGAGAUGCCAGCCAAGAGUUUCCUUCAUCAAGUCUUUCAGCUCCAGAAGAAGGCUUUCGAAUGCCAAGAAUGCGGUCGUCGAUUUUCUCGUGCUUCUGCAUUGCAGUCGCAUCAGCUCUGUCACACUGAUGUGUUUGGUGACAUUAUGGAAGGGAGUUCUGAAGUGUCUUCUGCUGAACAAGCAAUUGUGUCAUUCCAGAAUAACCAAGACAAGGUUGCUCAUUUUGGUGGUGCCACAGCAUAUUCACAAAACAUCGUACAAACCAACGUUUUGGUAAAAGAGUUAAGGCAUGAUGGAACACUUGGCACAGAAGAUCAUAAACCAAAAGAUGAUUUCAAACCUAUCAUCAUAGUAGAUUCCAAUGGUCAGAGAUGUGACCAUGGUUCCCAACAAAACCCUGAUCUCGAGCUGGUGUGUGAAUCAGACCAAGAGGAAAAAGACUUGAAUUUAAACCCAUGCAAAGAAACUGUGCUCUCUUCUCUGCCAGUAGAUCCAGAAAUUGAUGUAAACAUUGUCCAGGUAGACUGUGAGAAUUUCAUUGAGGAAUCAGGAAACACCAAGAUGGAACAAAGUCCUUCACAAGAGGCUGAGAAGCACGAAUGCUCAGAGUGUAAUCGGACAUUUGAUAAGGCCGGUUCCUUGCGCUGUCACAUGUUAUGGCACAGAGGAGCAAUGGGGAAAAAGGCACGUUACCAGAGAAAAAUUCACAUCGUAAAUCCCCGCAGGAAGGUUUCAAUGAAAUGUGAGAUUUGUGGCCAUGAAAGUUUCACAAAGGCUUCUCACCAUGUCCAUCUAGGAAAACACGAAGACAGAAAACCCUACAAGUCUGUUAUGUAUCAGCUUGCAAAUCUGCAGAAAAACAGCUUCAAAUGUGACGUAUGUGGGAUGCAUUUUUCUCGCCUCUCUGCUCUGCAGUCUCAUCAGCAGCAUCAUAAUAAAGUGAAGAAACCAUACGAAUGCUUAAAGUGUGACAAAAGCUAUUUAAACCGUCGUACUCUUUACAGCCAUCAGAAAGUUUGCAGUGGUAAGGAGCCUCUUAACACCAGUUCUCACAGUGACAAAGACAGAAAGACCGAGCCGUUUAAUCCAAGUAAGACACUUUUGGGUCCAAAAGUUCAUCAUUGUAAACAAUGUGGGAAAGGAUUCUGGUCUAUGGGAGCCUUCUUUCAUCAUAAGCAGUAUCAUCCACAGUGUGCUGAUGAUAAGGCUAGCAGUUCAGGACGCAACCUUAAAACUAAAAAUGGGCAUGCAAAGCGAAAGAAACGAGGUCAUAAGAGAGCCAUGAUAAGCAGUCAGAAUAAUAAACCACGCAUGAUGCCUGAUCGUAUCAAAUCAAGAUUGUUUAAGUGUGAUGUUUGCGAUAAGUCAUAUCGUGUUAUAGGCUGCUUUCUUAAACAUAAGCUUGUCCACCAAAACCAAGCUGCCCAACCUCCAGUAAAGUCAUUUGACUAUCAGGUUAAACAGUUGGAAAAUAGCAUGUAUAGUUGUCCUAACUGUGGGAAAAACUUUUCUCGUGCUAUGGCACUCCAGUUCCACAUGAGAAGCCAUGGCUAUGAAACAGGCCUUCCAAUUAAAAAAAUAAAGUUGUCCAGCAAGUCUGAUGGACCUCACUGCCCAACCUGCCAUGUAGUUUUCGCUUGUGAGUCAUCAUUAGAAAUUCAUCAAAAACACUGCUUAAAAGCAAAAGGAGAACAGGUCGAAAUGUGUCAAGAGGAAGAGCCGGAUGAUCUCAACGCAUCCAAAGAAGAUAAAACAUUUCAGACACGGACACAUGAAGAUGUGAAAGACACAUCUGAAAAUGUACUCAAAGCGCCAUCCUUGACGUCUGACUUGAAAUAUGAAUGUGAUGAGUGUGACAGAAGCUUUUCUGCUGUAGCUGCACUUAAUUUUCAUAAAAGAAUUCACUGUAAAGCUCCCAGUUCCAUGGAGUCACAGUCUGAACGUGCAGAUGCGUCCCCCAGCAAACCUGAAGUGCUCACAGCCAGGUCUCCGUUUUAUUGUACAGAAUGUGGGAGAAAAUUUUCUACAAAUUCUGCCCUUGGUACACACCGGAGAUGGCAUAAAGACAAGAAAUUGGCCAGAUUUAUAUUAAAGGGCAGUAAAAUGUCAAGGAAAAACCUGGAGAAUGGUCCUUUUUUAUGUAACUUGUGCGGGAAAGGAUUUUUCUAUCUGUGUGUUCUCCGUCGGCACCAGAAAUAUCAUCCACCAAUCGUGGCCCAACCUGACCCACAACUAAAUCUUAAACUUACAGGACUCCUCAGUGGUAAUUCUCCAAAGAGCAGCCUGGACUGCCCAGACUGUGAUGUAUCUUUCAGUAGUGGAGCUCUCUUAGCAGCCCACUUUGCCUCCCAUCAUGCCAAGCAACCUGAGAUUGAACCUCAGCAACAGGUACGUGAGCACCCCCUUAGUGUACAAGUGUCCGAUCAACCGAUUACAUCAGUUGCAAGUUCAGCCACAGGUAGAAACUUGACUGUUGUCGGAGACAAACCAAAGAUAAAAUACCACUGCCUUCACUGUAACAAGAAAUUCAUAAAUGCAAGAGGUCUUCGUGCACACAAAUGGCAGAAGCACAGGCGGCCCAAAGGACGACCACCAGCAAGCAUGAACGGUGAUGCAAAACCCUUUCCUUGCUCGUGGUGUGAGAAGUGCUAUAGAUCACAAAGAGCCCUACAGAACCAUCAAAGGACCUGCAGUGUAAAUUAUAGUCGUUUCAAGCUUCCAAUUCAACCAGAAGCAGUGGAGGAGCAGCCAUUACAGCAUAGGCCUUUAGAGUCCAGUACAAAAUGCCUCUUCAAAUGUCAUAAAUGUGGUAAAGCAUUUCCUAGCGAGAAGCAAUUGGAUGCCCAUAAAGAGACCGCUAAGACACGCCCUCACUGUUGUGCGCUAUGCUGUCGUGGCUAUUGGACUCAAUCUCAGCUACAGCAGCAUCUCAUUUGGCAUGAUGAAGUACGGCGACGUCUCCCAACUGAACUCCGUUACAGGCUUAACAGCUCUGUAGUGUCGGGAUCUCUAGCUAAACUCCACGUCUCAAGCACAAACCUGGUAUCCCCAGCAAAACCCCCUUCAAGUGCUACAAACCUGCAGAUUACAGAAGAUUACAAAUGUCACCAAUGCAACAAAAGCUUUCUUUCCCCACAUGGACUCAAGGAGCACCAGGCUCUCCACAAAAGUGAGGAGCCUUAUCAUUGCUCUCUUUGUCCAAAAACAUUUGCCGAGAUCAAAGAUCUCAUUGAUCAUCACCAGGAGUGUUUGGGUGACAAAGAAUUCGGAGCUGCUCCUUUACCUGCUGCUUCUCGAGAUACAGAGAGCCUGACGUGCAUCGAGUGUGGGAUUUCUUUCAAUCAGGAAACAGACUUGCAUCAGCAUUACAUUGAUCAUGCACGUGGAGAGUUCUGAAAGUUUUUGGGUUAAUUAGCUUGAUGUAAUUGGGUUACAGAUUUCCUUUACUCUGCUUUAAAAAAUCACCACUGUAGUUCUAGUGUGUGCAAAUGAAUUGGCUCCAGUAGACUACCAUUAUCCAUUUAUAUUAUAGCCUGUUAUGUGACAUUUGCAGCACUUAAAACAGUAGGCCCUAGUUGUCUCACUGCUGAGAAUUUUUCCACAUGCUCAGUUUUCUCCAUGGGAAGGAGCGUUAAAGGGAAAAAUAGUUCUAAUCAAUCUUUGGUGAUGAUUUAAUGAUGGAUUGGAAAGAAAAAGAAGCCUGUUAUACAGAAGAAGCUUGUCUUGUAAAUGUUGAAAUGCUGUUACUUUAGUUAUUCAGCAAUAUAACUCAUUGUGAUAAAUAAAAAGUAGAGAUAUUAUACAUCCAAAGUCUAGUCUAUGAUUUUUUUUUUUUUAAAAAAAGCUUGUGGCAUUUUAACUGAAACUAAGGUGCAACAGCAAGGUUUGGAAUUAAAAUAUGGAUUGUGCCCCGUUAUUUAGAUGUGAAUGUUUAUGUAUAAUUUUUUUGGUCACAUACAUGCACUGGUAGUCUUGUUGUCGACUAUAUAAUUGAUUGGCUUCACCAGCUUUUAUGUUUUGAUAUUCCUCCACAAGAUGAAUCAGAAUUAGCCUUGACUUGAUUAGCUAAACUGGUGAUUUUUUUUCCCCCCACUAACUUAAAUGGUGAUGAUAAAUUCAUUUGAAGUGACCAGUUUGAAGUCAACCAAUAAAACAUUAUGAUGAAAUGUUUUGACCCCUUUUGUAUGUAAUGGAAAAUUUGGCAGGACUUUUGGGUAACAUGUCUGAAGGACUCAUGAAUUUACCAGAUGGACCAUGUCUUUAGAGCAAUCUCCUUUUUAAUUUUAGUGUAGUGUUUCCCAGCUGUUGUAAUUUAAUUUACAUUCGUGCUGUGCAUAGUAGCUUAUGCUCACCAUUUUCCACGUGUGUUCCUACUCAUGGACAAUUAUUUUCCAAUAGCGUUUUUUUUUUUUUUUUUUAAUUUCAGCUAAAAUCUGACCAUACAUACCCAACUCAUAUGUGUACUGUGUUUACUGAUUAUGCCUUAAAGCCUGAACGUAUUUGUUUAAAAAUGCUUUUAAAUUAUUCCUUGCUUAAUACUUUUUUAUAUAUUAGUUUCUUGUUCAGUAUAUUUCAUUUUCCCUGAGUAAGCAUUAAAAUGAAUGUAGCUAUGACUGCGAUUCAGAUACAUCUUUUCUUAAACUGAUUGAUUACCUGUAUAUAUUUAGACCUGUCCCCCCCAUGAUGUUGAAUGACAUUAGAACAGCCAUCUCUUACAGAGACAAACAUAAUGUGCAAGUUGUCUUUGUUAGAAAGGAGUGCUUCUUGUUGUAAUUAUAAUUGUGUAGUGUAUUUAAACACAUGAAAUGAUUCUACAAAGAUGAGUGAAUAAACUUGUGAAGAUACCA